AGGUGUUUCUCUGUUUUGUAGUCGGGGCAGAACUGCCCGGACCAGGUGGGCGUGGGGAGCUCCACCCGAUCUCUGGGUCUUCCUAUCUGACCUUUAAUUCUGUGCAUUGUGUUUGUUGUCCCCGUGUGUCCCCUGACCCUGGGACCGUGGCGCCUCUCCAAUGUGCUGUGUCACGUCAGGAACAGGGCUUUGCCAGGGCCAUUACUCAGCAGCUUCCAGACAAUUUCUCCUUAACAUCUGGGUGGUGCCUGGGAUUUUGCCGAGGUUGGUUCUAGGUCAGAUGGCACAGUUUAUGUUCACGGGUACUUCUGGCUUUUGAGUGCUAAAGCCUCUUUAAACGUCAGUUCUUCUCUAAGAAUAUUUCGGGAGACCUGGGUCUGACCUCAGGGAACGACAAGGUGUGGUAGGACAAUAGCCCUGCUCCUGAGAAAGUGGGCCGGGACACAUCCUGGCAGCAGUAGCCUCUGCCUUGUAAGGUGAAUGCAGGCUCUGGUUGGUCAGGUGCCACUUCUGCACCUCAGAGGGCAGCAGGGAUGCACCUGUGUGCUGAGUCAUGGGGUGGGGUUAGGGAGAUAAAUCACUUUCAGGUGAGAAAGGCUCCUGCGGUCCAGUCUGCUUUCUCAUACAUCCAUGCCUUUGUGCCUUUGAUUCAAAAAAGUGCUUCUGGAACUCUGCAAGCUUUGAAACUGGAUAUCUCUGACCUGAUCCCAGGGCUGUAGGUGCUGAGAGCGGGACCCAUGUUUUCAGGCCCAACUGACCAGCAUGUCCAGGACAGUGGCUUGGGACCCUGGGCUGAGCAGUCAUGCCGGGCCAGCUCACAAAGGGUGGGUUUGGGCCUCCUUUCUUUUGGAGGUCUGCCUCCAAAAGACAAUUUCUCCUUUUGUCUUUUGACAAAAAGGGCAGAGUGAAGAGGUGGGGGGUCAGGUGCUUGUUCUUAGAGGGUGGGUGAGUGCAUGUCAGUCAGCCCUGGCUCAGUGCACCUGCAUAGUCCAGGCUAAGGUGCAGGAAUGGAGUAGGGGAAGACUGAGAGGGUUUUGAAGGCUGAGCAGGAGUUCUCCCAGGACUAGUGAGGCUGAUGGAAGCCAUGCUAGGCUGCAGCCUAUAGCAGUGUCAUGACUUUCAGACAAAGGAGGAGCCAGUUUGGGGUGGGAAGGCUGCUUGGGGCAGGUGCAGGAUGGGGCAGGGUAGAGCAGACAGUGUCCUGCCUGCCAGGGGAGGCCGGACUCAUGACAUGACAGGGUUGGCUGAUGCCAAGAUCACUCUUGAGACAGUGUAGGUUGGGGUGAAAGGGCAGCUGCAGAGAUGGCUGGAGCUUGGGGCCUGACUGAUGUGUGUUUAAGAGGAGGAGGAGGAGCUAAGGGUUCCCACAGGGCUCGUGCUCAGUGAGUUGGCCCAAGUUCAUCAGCCUGAGGGAGGCACCUGUGCCCAGAUGGAGAAGGCUCCAGUACAGCAGAGGGGCCUCUCCCUGGUCAGAGGAGGUGAUGCAGCCAUACUGAGAGGCAUCUGGGGGUGAGCGCCCCAGAAACCAUGUAUGUCUGAACAUGGAAGGGCCCAGAGAUUGACUCAGAGGAAGGGGAGAGGGACCAACAGCAGGCAGGGGCUGCCUUUGACCAGAGGGGUUUUGGAGCAUGGCACAGGGCUGGGCAGCAAGGCCCAGGUGGCAGCUUGAACAGUACACUGGAAACGGGAUGGCAAGAAGGGGUGGACCAAUGGGGACAGGCUUGCACAUGGGGCUGCAGCGCCUGCAGGGCUGUGGUUGUGACCCGAAGAGUGAGUGUGAGCAAGAGCCUGGACCUUCUUCAUGGAAUUCACAGCAACAGGACACAGGUCUGACGGUGGAAGGGGUCCUAAGAGGUCUGGGCUAUGGGUUUGUGGGAGGUGCUAAUUCAAGUACCAGAGCACAGCCUCCUGGAGGGGAUGGAUCAGAUGCGGUGGGUGUCACCAGGUUGAUCCCCAUUAUUGUGGGUUGAAUUAUGUUUCCCCAAAACAUUCCCUCAGACCUGCCCCCCUGCCACCAACCUGGGAAUGUGACCUUAUUUUAUUUGGAAAUGGUUUGUGCAGAUGUAAUCAAGGUGAACUGAGGUCAUUAGCAUGACCAAGGUGACCAGGGGUGAUUAGCAUCACCCCUAAUCCAAGGUGACUGCUGUCCUAGGAAGGAGGAGACAGACAGAGGAGAGCCAGCCACAUGGUGAUGCAUCCACCAGCCAAGGAAGGCCAAGGGUUUCUGACUAAGCCGAAGCUGGACGAGGCAGAACGGAGCCUCCAGAGGGAACGCAGCCCUGUGCACCUUGAUCUCAGCUUCUGGCUCCAGAGCUAGGAGAAUGGAUUUGCGGUGUUUGAAGCUGUCUGGCUCUGCCGUAGACCUGCAUCUUAGUGAUUUAAGCCUCGCCCCCCUGGAUAAGGAGCUGGACGAGCAGGACGGAAGUGACCUGCGACCCACUGGUCAGAGGUCGCUGGGGGGCUCAGAGCCUGUCACCAUUCCAGGCUGCCUGGCCCGCUCCCCGUCCCUGCACUCCUCGUCUUCCCUGUCCACCUCCCCGCUCAGCUCGCUCUCCCAGCCUCUGUCCGGGCCUCUUGUCUCCUCGGCUAUGACGCCCCCCCAGCAGCCACCGUCCCUCAAGUCGGAGCCCAGGGUGCUGGGCUCCUCAGCCUCGACCUACAACUCCCUAGGUUUGAAUGGUGUCCCUGGGAGCAUCUGGGACUUUGUUUCCGGCAGUUUCUCUCCCAGCCCAUCCCCCAUUCUGAACGCUGGCUCCGCGUCCUCUGCGAGUGCAAGUCCCAGCUGUGCUGAGCUAGCUCGGGUCAGGCGGCAGCUAGACGAAGCUAAGAGGAAGAUCAGGCAGUGGGAGGAGUCCUGGCAGCAGGUGAAGCAGGCCUGUGACGCAUGGCAGCGGGAGGCCAAGGAGGCAAAGGAGCGUGCACUGGCGGCUGACAGUGCCCGGCAGCUGGCACUGCAGAAGAAGGAGGAGGUGGAGGCCCAGUUCAGGCAGCUGCAGGAGGAGCUGGAAGGCCGGGGCAUGUCCACACUGCCUGGGCUGCGGGGCUGCAGCGACAUCGGUGCCAUCCCGCUGCCCAAGCUGCAUUCGCUGCAGAGUCAGCUGCGCCUGGAUUUGGAGGCGGUGGAUGAGGUGAUCUUCCAGCUCCGAGCGAAGCAGUGUGUGGUAUGCGGGGAGCAGUCCCGGGGCGCCGUCCUGCAGCCCUGCCAGCACCGCGUGCUCUGCGAGUCCUGUGUGGCCAGUGCACCCGAGUGCCCCUACUGCGAGGGCCAGCCCCUCCAGUGGUGACGGCAGCCAUGGUGGCCUCACUUCCUGGUGCCACCGACGUCGGGACCCCGGCUCUGAGCUGCACGCACGGCUCUGUGGUAUUCUCACAGACCUC